UUGAUAUUAAAUGCCAUCGCACUGAUCGCAGCCUAGAGAUUUACGAACGGUUGCUUGUCUUCGAUGCUAAAUGAUUGUCGAAGUUAAUCCGGAAAUAAGAUUCCAAUCUUACGAUCUUAGAAAUAGUAGAAGAGUAGCGACACAAUGGCGGCGAAUAUCCCCGCCAAACUCAAGAGCUUGGAUAUCACCCGGUUCGCGGUCCGGGCCUCGCAACUGGAAAAGUUCAAACCCGUUAUAGCUUACUGGUGCGAGUACCACAUCGUCAACCAGAUCCUCGCCAAGGGGAUGCAUACCGAGGAUGACGAGUGCAUGACCUAUACGACCACGUUAAUGGAUAAGCUCGAGAAGAUGAAGACCACCCAUGCGGGGGAAUCUGCGAUAUUGGACGAUGCGGCGGCGCAAGCGUAUGUCGAGCAGUUUGCAUAUGAAGUGUUGGAUCGGGGAGAGAAAGCCAUCCGAACCGACACGGUGACCAAACAAACCGCAGACACUCUCCAAGCCGCCAUCACCUUCCUCGACCUGAUCGGCAUCUGGAAGCCUGGACAACCCGACGUGGCCGCCAAACUCAAAUACGCCAAAUACCACGCCGUCCGCAUCGUGAAAGCCAUCCGCGCCGGCGAAGACCCCAACCUCUCCAACCCCAAACCAGAACCCCCACCUGAAGACCCCAACGACCCCGAGGUGCAGACCAUCGACGGCUCCUCCAACUGGCAGCCUCCCUCUGUCGAAGGCGCGCCGUCCGACGACGACACGUCGCCGAUACCACCCGCUCGAUCCCCCGUCGUACCCGCCCAGCCCACCCCAUCCAUACGGUCGCUGCACACCUCCCAACCUCCGUCGCUUCCGCAACACGACGAGGUAUCCCCCCUGGAGCCUUCACCACCCGCCUCCUGCACUGGCUCCGUAGGUGGCGGCGGCUACUUCCCCCCCGUCCCGACCUUCACCGCCGAACCGCGCGACCCGAAUCUGUCCACCGCGCCGGGCGAUAGCGCGGGCCUCCCUCCCGCUUCACAGACAUCCGCUCCGCUGAAUCCGACACCGCAAUAUUCCCCUGCUCCUCAGGAUCCAACACCGCACUACUCCCCUCCUUCGCAGCAGCCGACACCAUCGCCAUACGCUCCACCUCCCCAGCAGCAACCCCCAUUCCAACCCCCACCCUCCCAGCACCACCAACCAGCCGCCUCCCCUCAUGACUUCUACCGCCCCUCACCCACCCCCCAGGCGCCUCACCAACCACCCCAGCAACAACUACCCUUCCACCCCUCACCGCAACCGCAACCGCAACCCCAUCACCCCCAACUUCCCCAACAGCACUACACGCCGCAACCCGCACCGACACCGGCACCGGCACCCCCCGCUUCAUACACGCAACCCGCGCCCCCAACACCGCACCUCUCAACCCUGCGCACCGACGACGAGUCCAUUGCCGACGCGCAGAAACACGCGCGCUGGGCCGUGUCGGCGAUGCAGUUCGAGGACGUGGUGACGGCGGUGAAGGAGCUGCGGGUAGCGUUAAGGGCGUUGGGGGCGGAGUGAGCGGGAUGAGAAGGAGGGAAGGAGCUAGGAGGCGGGUUUUUUUAUAUGGAAAGGCAUGAGAUGAUGAAGGGGGUGGGGGGAGGGAUAGGUGGGAGCGGUGAGGAGUUGAGGUUGGGUUGGGUUGGGUAGUGGAUAGAUUAGGGAGAGCCAGCUAUGAAUGAAGAUCUGGAGCAAGGAUAGUAAAUAGAGAAUACGAUACUGUUGAUGGACGGAUGACCAUCAAGCUACGUUCUCGAUAAAGAAGCAGCACAGCAUACGACACAUUGUAACAAUGGAAGCAAAGUCGUAAAGACAGACGAAACA